AUGUCCGCCGGAGGACCCCCACUACCACUGCCGCAGAAGCACUUGCAGGCAGCCAGACACCGAACGUUCGCCUUCCCCUACGACCCCCUCGACUGGGGCUCCACACUAGACCUCGGCAGUCAGGAGCCCGACGACUGGCUGCACAACCCCGACCCCCGCCGAGACCGCCAGGUCGACAACGACAUCAACAUAUUCACUAGCCGUGGACUCACCAACCUGGGCUGCCUCGUGGUUCUUGUCAUUGCCAUGGUCGGGCUGUUCGCGGGGUAUCCCAUGGCCUCUGCUUUGACCAAGACGAAUCAAUCGAAUAACGGCGGUUUUAACUUGGGUGGAAUCAACGGUACCGGCCAAGUACCCGAGAUCCCAGGCAAUUACGGCCUGAUAGACAAGGACACGCCCGCCGACGCCAUGACCUGGACGCCCAUCACUGGCCAAGGGGAGUGGCAGCUCGUCUUCAGCGACGAGUUUGAGACGGAGGAUCGCACUUUCUACCCCGGAGACGAUCCUUAUUGGGAGGCUGUGGACUUGCAUUACUGGGGUACAAACAACAUGGAGUGGUACGACCCCUCCGCCAUUACCACCAAGAACGGCGCGCUUGAGAUCACACUCUCCGACCAUCCAACGAAGGGCAUGGAUUAUACGGGCGGCAUGAUGUCGACCUGGAACAAGUUCUGCUUUACCGGAGGCGCCUUCCUCGCCUCCGUCACCCUCCCAGGCUCGCCCAGCGUCGCAGGCCUAUGGCCCGCCGUCUGGGCCAUGGGCAACCUCGGACGCGCGGGAUACGGUGCUUCCCUCGACGGGAUGUGGCCGUACACCUACGACUCCUGCGACGUCGGUACCCUGCCCAAUCAAACCACGCCAGACGGUCUUCCAAUAGCCGCAACUAUCAAUGGCGACGAGGCUGCGGACGGCGUUCUGUCCUACCUUCCGGGCCAGAAGCUCUCGCGCUGCACUUGCCCUGGGGAGGAGCACCCUGGCCCCAUGCAUGCUGACGGGACGUACGUAGGCCGCGCGGCGCCGGAGAUCGAUGUUCUUGAGGCUCAGGUCGCGCAAGGCCCAAAUGGACGAAUGGUGCACGACGUAUCGCAGUCAUUGCAGCUCGCGCCGUUUAAUGAGGCCUAUACAUGGUUUAACACCUCAGAGACGCUUAUCAUCCCGAAUGCGACGAUGUCGUCGCUGAAUGGCUACAAGGGCGGUCGAUAUCAGCAAGCCGCGUCCGUGAUCUCGCACACCAAUGCGAACUGCUACGAGUUCGACGGUACUGCGUGCUUCAGCCUCUACGGCUUCGAAUACAAACCCGGCUUCGACGACGCGUAUGUGACAUGGCUCAACGACGGGCAGCACGCCUGGACAAUUACCUCAGGUGGGCUUGCGCCUGAUCCUGCUGUGGAGAUCGGAGCGCGGCCCGUUCCUCAGGAGCCCAUGUACAUGAUUUUGAACUUGGGUCUCUCUGAGAACUUCGGCUUCGUGGACGUCCAGAACCUCAUCUUCCCCACGAAGAUGCGCGUGGAUUGGGUCCGAGUAUAUCAACCACCAGACGCUAUCAACAUAGGGUGCGACCCAGCAGACUUCCCAACUGCUGCGUACAUCGAGCGCUUCCCCGAAGCUUACAGCAACCCGAACUUGACAACAUGGAUAGACGACUACAAGCAAGUCUUCCCGAAGAACAAACUGGUGGAUCAAUGCUGA